AUGCGAUUCAAAAUCUCAGAUCAAAAGGCUCGUGAGAAGAUUCUCAGGCGUGGUGUGUGGAAUAUUGUAGGAGUCUCGAUGGUAGUUUCGAAAUGGGUUCCAAGAACGGAGGAGGAGAAACAGGAGGAGGAAUCGAUUCCCAUGUGGAUUCACUUAACGAAGGUUCCACUGCAUAUGUUCUCUUGGGAGGGGCUCAGUCUGAUAGCGAGUCCAGUGGGUUGUCCAGUAAAGCUCCAUCCGGAGACGAUUGCCUGUACGAGUUUUGAAGUUGCGAAGGUCUUUGUUAAUGUGGAUGUCUCGAAAGCAUUACCAAGGGAAAUGACUUUUUCAAAGGAUGGAGAAGAGUUUUUGGUGGAGUUCCACUACCCGUGGCUUCCUUCAAGGUGCAAGCAUUGUAACAAAUGGGGUCAUAAUCAGAAAGUGUGUAUCUUGAAGGGGAAGAAUAAGGAAAAAGGGGUCCUCACAAGAUCAAACUCUAAGGAUGUAAAUACUAUAGAGAAGAUAGAGGAGGGGCAAAAGGAGAUAGGGGAGAUGAGCAGGAAUGAGACUUCAGAAGAGGUUUCAACCUGUAGAACUGAGGAAACGGUAAAGGAUAUAAGUAUGGGCAAGGAAAAGGAAGUUUGUGAGGUUGCUUGGGCGCUGGUAUCUCCGGGGAAGGCUGGUAGAUCACAAACAAAUAAUCCGAAGGAAAAUGAUUCUGAAAUUCUGAUCUCAACCUCAAAAUAUUCUGUGUUGAGCGCAAAUGAAGAAGAGGAAGGUGAAAUAGUGGAAAAGGAAAAAGAAAAUGAGUAUGAAGAUUUGGAAGUUAGUGAGAAAAUGGAGGACUAUGAAGAGGAUAUAGAGGAUGAUUUGUUGAUGAGCAGUAAAGGAAAAGAGAAAUCAGUGGUAAAGAGGGGAAGGAAGAAAGGUCAGAAGACUAUGGCUCGGGCUGCUAAUCCAGUCAAGAUAAAAGAAAGUAAAGCAGGGAAUAUCUUGAAGUCGGUGUUUGGUGAUUGGUCAGCAAUGAUGAAUUACGAACAUAGCCAAGGAGGUCGGUUCUGGUUAUUCUGGAGAGAGUCAGUCUGUAUGACUCCGGUAUAUAAGUCAGAUCAGUUCAUUAUUUGCUCAGUUGGGUUACAAAAUGAGGAGGAGUUCUUUUGUACGUUUAUUUAUGCGAGUAAUGGAGCUGAGGAGAGGAAUGUUCUAUGGAGUGAUCUAUGUGAUCACCAUUCUUCACCUAUGUUCAGGAAUAAAGCUUGGAUGUUGUUGGGUGAUUUCAAUGAGAUUCUUGAUGGGGAGGAGAGUACUGGAUUCACAAAUAUGGGAAGGCCACCGUGUGGAAUGAGAGAUUUCCAAAGGAUGGUUCUGCAAUGUAGUCUAUCAGAUAUGGGUUAUCAGGGUCCGCUUCACACUUGGUGCAACAAGAGGGAACACGGGGUGAUUUGCAAGAAGCUUGAGAGAGUGCUGAUAAAUAACGUUGCACUUAACAGAUUUCCAAAUGGAUACGCAAGGUUUGAACCAGAAGGUUGCUCGGAUCACUUGAGGUGCAAGAUUCAGUUAUUGCCGCAAAGUGAAAAAAUUCGAAGACCGUUCAAGUAUGUGAAUUCCAUUGGGAGAUUAAAGAGUUUUAUCCCUAUGAUAAAGGAGUAUUGGGAGUCGACGGAGGUUCUCUUUCUUUCAACGUCUGCCAUGUAUAGGUUCUCAAAGAAGCUUAAGAAUCUAAAGCCACUUAUUCGCAACUUGGGAAGGGAGCAGUUGGGAAAUCUAACGAAGAGAGCUCAGGAGGCUUAUGGUAUCUUAUGUGAGAAACAGAAAAAUAUUUUGUUGCAACCUAAUGAGAUCAGUGUACAUGAGGAAGCUGAAGCUUAUGAGAAAUGGAUUUAUGUGGCUGGGUUGGAGGAAGAUCAUCUGAAGCAAAAAGCAAAGCUACACUGGUUGGAAGUUGGGGAUCUUAACACUACAAGAAAACAGCGGGAGAUCAGAGGUAUAAAUGGUGUUAUACUUAAUACUCAUGGGGAGAUUAAGGUGGAAGCAGAAAGAUAUUUCUCUGAGUUUCUGAAUCAGUCUCCUAGUAAUUAUCAAGGGGUAACUUUGGAAGAGCUAACUGAGCUACUGCAGUAUAGAUGUUCUGAGGAAGAGUGUAGAAAUUUGGAGGCUGAAGUCUCUGCUGAAGAAGUCCGUAAAGUGUUGUUCUCUAUGCCGUCCCAUAAAUCUCCAGGCCCUGACGGUUUCCCAAGUGAAUUUUUCAGAACAGCGUGGUCAGUGAUAGGGCAUGACUUCACCGUUGCAGUUCAAUCAGUAUUCAGAUUCGGUUUCCUUCCGAAGGGUGUUAAUUCAACCAUUCUUGCGCUUGUUCCCAAGAAAAAAGACUCUAUGGAGAUGAAGGAUUUCAGGCCGAUUGCUUGCUGCAAUGUAUUAUACAAAGUGGUGUCAAAGAUUCUUGCAAAUAGGUUGAAAUUGAUACUGCCUAGUAUAAUUUCCGAGACUCAAUCCGCGUUUAUCAAAGGGCGGUUGCUGCAGGAGAAUGUCUUAUUGGCUUCUGAACUGGUGAAAGACUACCACAAGGAAUUUGUGACGCCAAGAGGGGUAAUGAAGAUUGAUAUUUCCAAGGCAUUUGACUCAGUCCAAUGGUCUUUUGUUUUGAAGAGUCUUGAGGCUUUGGGGUUUCCAGAGAGGUUUAUCAGAUGGAUUAAAUUGUGCAUCACUACUCCCUCUUUUUCCGUUCAAGUAAAUGGAGAUUUGGCGGGUUAUUUUCAGAGCUCUAGAGUGUUGCGUCAAGGUUGCUCGCUUUCUCCCUAUCUUUUUGUGCUCUGUAUGAAUGUUCUGUCCAGAAAGAUUGAUAAAGCAGCGGUUGAGAAGAAGUUUAAGUUUCAUCCUAGAUGUAAGUCGAUCUCUCUUACUCAUCUAUGCUUUGCGGAUGAUUUAAUGGCUUUUGUGGAGGGGACGAAGGAGUCUAUCCAAGGAGCUUUAGCAGUGUUUGAUAUCUUUGAUGAGUGGUCGGGUCUUAUGAUAAGCAUUGCCAAGUCCACAUUAUAUCUAGCAGGGGUUUCGGAGAAUGAGACAAAAAACAUAUUAUCUAACUUCCCAUUUGCAAAGGGUGAUCUCCCGGUUCGUUAUUUGGGUCUACUCUUGAUGACUAAAAUGAUGAGGAAGCAAGAUUACUUUCCUCUUGUGGAGAAGAUUAGAGGACCAGAGCUGAAAGCUACGGGAUCUAAAGUGGCUUGGUCGGUUAUCUGUCAGACGGAGAAAGAAGGAGGCUUGGGUAUAAGAGAUCUAAAAGUUGUAAACAGAGUAAAUGUACUAAAACUCAUUUGGAGAUUGUUCUCGGGAGAAAACGCAAAUGGGAUCAUGGAUGUGGCGAAAAAUGUUAAAAUGAGAGAUAUAGCAAGGAGGUUUCAUAAGAGAGAGUUGGGUAAUGGAAGGCAUAUCUCGUUCUGGUUUGAUUAUUGGUGUGACAGGGGUGUUCUGGCUUCUCUAUUGGGAGAGCGUGGAAUUGUGUGCUUGGGGAUCAGGAGAGAGGCUACUUUGGAGGAGGCGGUUAUGUGUGUUCGAAGAAGGAGGAGUCAUCGAUCACAGAUGCUGAAUGAGGUUGAAACUCUGUUAGUGCUGGCUAAGGAAAAGUUCAGAGAAGGAGUGGAAGAUGUGGGGGAGAGUUGCUGUUGGUCUAAAGCCGUAUGGUUCUCUCAGGCGACCCCAAAAUAUGCGUUCAUGACCUGGCUUGCAGUGAGAGAUAGACUGUCUACUAUGGAUAGAGUCUCUAAGUGGAGGCAGGGUGUUGAUGAGCUCAUUAUGGAUGAGAGUUUGGAGAAGAAGAAGAGAUUUUGCCUAAGAUAUGCUUUUCAGGCGACAAUUCAUGCUGUGUGGAUUGAGCGAAACAAGAUCAAGCAUGAGGUGAAGCCUCUCCCUAUUGCAACUGUGAUGAAGUUAGUGGAGAAAGAGAUCCGUAACAAGCUAAGUAUUUUGAGAUCAAGAGGAGUAAAAGGAUGGGAAGAUGGACUGCAGUUUUGGUUUGGUACUAGAGUGUAA